UGUUCUCAUUUUCAGAAUCGGAGUUGGUUUGUUUCUGUGAAUUUCGUACAACGACGAUGAAGCACGGAAAGAUGUAAAGCGCCAAAGCCAAACAUAAAACAGACAACAUAAAAAUAAACCCAAAUGUGCUUUUUUUUCUACCCUAAACAUUCCUAAUAAGACAACAAGAAUUGUGAUAGUUUUAAUUUAUUAUUUAUAACUAAUUAUUUAUAAAACCGAAAAACAAAAUAAAAUAAAAAUGAAACCAAACGUGGAUAAGGAACUUCUGCCCAUGAAGGGCCAUUAUUUUCUUUUCAACGCAGGAACCGCACCGGUUGUGCCUUUUAUGCCAACACUUGCCAGGCAGUUGGGCUUCUCCUCUGUCGUCGUUGGAAUGAUGUACACAGUAUUGCCCAUUGUUGGAAUGCUUGCCAAACCCUUCUUUGGGUUUAUAGCUGACAGAUAUCAGAGACAUCGCUUUCUCUUUAUCAUGGCUCAAUUGUUAACUGCAAUUGCAUUUUUCUGCAUUAUGUUCAUCCCAGCCAUUCCACAGCCCAAACCAAUCGUCGAGCUACAUUGCCAUGGGGGUGUAUCGGAGCUCAGGUUCUGCUCUGACUUAGACACGUGCAUUGAUACAAAUUUAGACAAUCGCUAUGGAAAUGCGACUCUCCAGUGUAAUCUACGUUGUCAAGCGGACUCCUGGAUGUGGGACAUUGUGUGCACAGAUUGGUUAAAUAAUACACAAGACUGCCAGAAGACAAAUCCCUACUUCGAUCUCGCCAUCAACACGAGCAUGAAUCACAAGACAAUUGAACAACAAUGCCUGUUCUUCAAAGUACAACACGAUCGUGGCCAGUUAAAUGGACAGAACAUCGUACUGAAUUGUCCAUCGGAUAAGAAGUACUUCAAUACGACCUGUGAUUUGGAUUGCGGCGAUGAAUAUCUGCAGAGCACCCUCUCCGAGAGUCCGGUGAUAAAUAAUUCCGAGGCAUUUGGGCUCUAUCAGUUUUGGUUGUUCUUUUCGAUGCUGAUAAUCAGUUGGAUUGGAAUGGCUGUUGUGGUAAGCAUCGGAGAUGCAAUAUGCUUUGGGAUUCUGGGAGAUCGUCAUCACCUGUAUGGCAAACAAAGACUGUGGGGAGCGGUAGGUUGGGGUGUAGUUGCUCUCCUGACGGGCUACUUGGUGGACAAGAUGUCGGGAAAUAGUGUGAACAAGAACUACACCAUUAUCUUUUUUAUGGUAGUCGUAAUCAUUGGCUUUGAUAUGUUUGUAUCAACUAAACUUAAAUUCACUCAAACUACUCUCUCCAAUAAUAUAUUCAAGGAUGUGGGGAAGCUCUUCCUUUCCAUUCGAGUUGUGGUCUUCUUCCUGUGGUGCAUAAGCAUUGGUUUGUGUACUGCUUUGGUGUGGAAUUUCCUUUUCUGGCACUUGGAGGAUCUGAGUGCCAAACACGCUGGCUGUGAGGGAAAUUCCGUCAAGACCUUGGAGGGUUUUGUUAUGGCCGUGCAAUGUUUCGGAGGAGAAUUGCCAUUCUUCUUCCUUUCGGGAUGGAUUUUGAAGAAAAUCGGCCAUGUGAACGCAAUGAGUUUGGUAUUGCUCGGUUUUGCAGCUCGAUUUAUUCUCUACUCGUUCCUCGACAAUCCAUGGUAUGUGCUGCCAAUCGAACUACUUGACGGAGUGACUUUUGGAAUGUUCUACUCUACAAUGGCUUCUUAUGCCAGUAUAGUUGCUCCAGCUGGAUCAGAAGCUACUUUACAAGGACUUGUUGGAGCGAUUUUUGAGGGAGUUGGUGUUUCCAUUGGCAGUUCUAUUGGUGGUGUUAUGUUCAAUUCGGUGGGAGGAUCAAGAACAUUCCUAGUGUUUGGUUUGGGAGCUUUAGUUGCAUGCUUUGUGCAUUCAUCAGCGCAAUGGUUCUUAUCUCGAAACAACAGAGAUAGUGUUACAGCUAAGUAUGCAGCACCAAACGAUGCUAUGCAUAUGCUUGACGAACAGGAGUACUAUAUUGUGCCGUAGUUAAUAAUAUUGUUUCCUUUUUUAGUUUAAACAAAAACAAAAUAAAACAAAACAUGGGUGGAAUUAAUGAAUUAGUUAUAAACAAAACAACAAUAUAGCAAAAUGCAUGGUUUAAGCUUAGCUUUACUUUUUUAAUGUUUAAGAUUUAAAAACAAAAAAACAGUAUAAGACAGAACUGCAUUGCAGUAAAAAUAACCUUUUUGUUGAGUUUAGUUAUUUAAGCAUGGCUUUUGAUCUUUAACUUGAACCUAUACUAUUUAUUUAGUAAAUGUUAUAAAAUAAUUAUUAUUUAAAAAAAGUAUUUUUAGUUUUAGUAAAAUACCAAAGUAACAAAGAUUAUUAUAUAUAUUUUGUUUCCAUUUUUCUUCUUCUAAGUAUUUACAAGAAAUUUUCCAUUUGUACAAGAUUCUGUGUGUAGAUGUUUUAUGUAUUUUCCAUUAAUACAAAAUUAAUAAGAAAACAAAAAAUUUAAAUAAUAAUAAAGAAAAAAAGUAUACAACGAA